GUUACUAGGAGGCACCACCCUAAGCUCUGUGAUCUGGCCGCUCGAACCCGCCAUGGUGUCUUUGCCUUGGCAGUGCGUGCUUUGGGGCUGCUUGUUGACAGCGGUCCAUCUAGGACAAUGUGCUACAUGUGGUGACAAACAGUACCUCUUCAAUGACCAGUGCUGUGACUUGUGCCCGCCAGGAAAGAGACUGGAGGAACACUGCUCGCCUCACGUCAAGACCCAGUGCCUCCUGUGUGGCUCAGGAGAAUUCAUGGACAAGUGGAACAAAGAGACACGGUGUUACCAGCAUACGCACUGUGAUUCUAAGGAAGGGCUCCAGGUUGAGAAGGAGGGCACCUCAGAUACAGACACCGUUUGUGCCUGUAAGGAAGGUCAACACUGCACCAGCAAGGAGUGCGCGAGAUGUGUGUCGCACACGUCCUGUGGCCCCGGCUUUGGAGUUAAGCAGAUGGCCACAGGGACAGCUGACACUGUGUGUGAACUCUGCCCAGCUGGCUUCUUCUCCAGUGUGUCAUCAACUUUUGAAAAGUGUCAUCCUUGGACAAGCUGUGAGGCCGAAAAGAUGACGGUUAUACAGGAAGGGACGAAUCAGACUGAUGUUGUCUGUGGUUUGCAGCCCCGGAUGCGAGCCCUACUGGUCAUUCCCAUCGUGAUGGCCAUCCUCAUCACCAUCUUCUUGGUGAUGGCUUUCUGUAUCAAAAAGAGGGUCAAGGAACCAGAGGAUGAUAAGGUCUUAUCCCCUGAUCUUGGACAGCAAGGACCCGUGGAGACGGACUAUUAUCCUGGCCACAACACUGCUGCUCCAGUGCAGGAGACAUUGCAUGGGUGUCAGCCUGUCGCACAGGAGGAUGGCAAGGAGAGCCGCAUCUCAGUGCAGGAGAGACAGCUGACAGGCAGCGUGGACUUGAAGCACCUGGUCUGAGACUCUGGAGCUGGGGCACAAGGACAAGGGCCCAACUCCCAUGACUGUUUGAGAUUUGAAAGGAGCAAAGACACAGCCCAGUGCAGUUAACUGUCAAGCCUGCCCCACUGCCAUCCCAUCCCUCGACUUGCUUCUGAAGAUGGAGGAAAAGCCUGGGCAUCAGGGGUCCACAGGCCAGCAGAUGACAAUGAUAUCCACAGACAAUUGCAGCAGGGCAGGAUCCAGAAAUGUACUAUGCUGACAUUCUUUGUAAGGAGUCAAUGGACACCAGAGUCUAUGGCUCUGUGGCUUGUGUUGUUAGAAGGCACCUGAUUGCCCACCA